AUGGCUCCUUACUUAGCUCCCGAGUGGCUUGAGGUGGAGAAAGAGCUUGGUGGUCGCCUUGUCCUCGGCGGGACCAUGGGGAAUUAUCGAGCUGGUGGGGAAGCCAUUGGAAAAUACAUCAGAGCUCAUCUGCCUCCUCCCCGAGACGAUGGGCUUGAGGUUGCGGACGAGAAGAUUAAUGAGAACGUGUCUGUUCGUAUCUACAAGCCGAAAGACUCCAAGGAAGCGUUGCCAGUUGGCGUUUUCUGUCACGGAGGCGGCUUCUCUGAUGGAUCCAUCAACAUGGAGGAUGGCCUGUGUAGACUGAUUGCAUCGAUGUACCCUUGCAUCAUUGUCUCUGUAGAGUACCGUCUUACACCAAUAGUCGAUAUCGAGGUCGUUUUCCAGGACGCCUUUGACGGCUUCUCGUGGAGCUACGAAAACGCCUCCAAGUUGGGUGGAGACCAAAAGCGAGUCUUCAUGCUGGGCAGCUCAUGCGGUGGUACACUCUCCCUUGCCACAGCCCAUAGACUGAUUGAACUUGGGCGGGAGGGACAACUCAAGGGAGUCAUCAACAUGGCUGGUGGUACAGUUCAUGAAGGCAAUGUGCCAAAGCAUCUCCAGCACUUGAUGAAGUCCAUGGAAGAGAACGCUACGGAUGUCCCUAUCAUUGACGGGCAGACAGCCAAGAUGAUCAACGCAUCGACUGGUCUAGAUAAGCAUGUUGAUGAUGAGUGGUUGUUCCCUCUCCUCUCAUCGCACCUCGCAAAGUUUCCACGGACCUACCUCGUUGCCUGUGGCGCAGACCCUCUGAGAGAUGGUAACGUAGCAAUGGAGCAUGAACUUCGCAGUAAAGGGGUCAAUGUCAAGCUCGACAUGUACGAGGGGUUACCCCACGUCUUUUGGAUGUUUCCGACUCUGAGUGUUACAAAGGCGUUCAUUGGGAGUCUCCUGGCUGGUAUUAAUUUCAUCUUGGAGUAG